AUGGGAGGCAGGCCGCCCAUGUUCUUCCACGAGAUCAAUCCUUACGCGCCCGAGACGAUUGUCUUGCUCCACGUCCUCUUCAGCUGCUCGCUCGAGUGGAAGCAGGUGGCUCCCAAGCUGACCGAGUAUCACCUCCUCAUCCCGGAUCUGCCCUGCCACUCGGCCAGCAAGGACACCUGCCGGAAGGAUGACUUUUCCCUGGAGCUUGCUGCGGACCACGUGGCGAAUAUGAUCCGGCAGAAAGCGCACGAUGGCCGGGCCCACCUCGUUGGGCUAUCCACGGGCGGAUUCGUGUCGCUGGAACUGAUCAGGAAGUAUCCGGAUCUCGUCAAUUCCGUCUUCAUAUCCGGAGCAUGGCCCUUCACAGGCGUUCGCGCCGCAGUCGCAAAAACGCCCCGCCUGACGUACUCGGCCGUAUGGGCAUUGCUGCACUCACCAGGAUACCUCUUCUUCAGGGCCUCUGGGUUCAAGAGCGAGUACCAAAACGAGGAGUUGUUGACCGAGAUCAAGAAGAACGGUAUCUGGGACGAGCAGAGACUGAUCGAGGUCGCCAGGGCCGAUAAACGAAUAUGUCUCGUUGUGGGCGGGAAGGGCCAUGAUCAUAUGGGGGAGGCAAUACAGGCGGCCAACACGCUGAGGGCACACAGCAAGGGCGGUCCCGGUUCUGAAUGUCGCGUCUUUCUGGUUCGUGACGCCAUCCACGCCUGGAAUCUCUCCCUGCCAAAAACUUUUGCCGGCGGUAUCCAGGCAUGGCUCCGAUACCAGCAAAUGCCGGAUGAGUUCGAAAGGAUACCCAUUUAA